AUGAACGACGGUGCUCAGAAAGGAGUAAAACCGCAGAAAUCGGCUACGGCAGCAGCAACUGGUUUGGACGAAUCUCACGGUUCGACGAAUCGUUCUUCCACGCAACAGGAUGUAAUUAAGGAUUCGCGAUCGAUCGUGUUGCGGGCCACAUCGAGUUCGGACGAAGACAAAAGUGUUUCGAAGAACAAGGAUGGACCCGCGGAGUUAACGCAAAGACUGUCAAGGACCGAGACUGUCAGACAAGAUGCCAGAAAAUUGAAGACCGCUACGCUCAAUCGAAUGGGAAAAAUGUUUAAGCAGCGCUCCCAAACACCUGUAGCGGAUAAAUCACGCCUCGAUAUCGAUAGCGAUAUCGUAAGCAACUCGGCACUGCAAAAGAAUCCGGCUAAAACUAUGGAAAGCGAGGACGCAGCGAAAAAAGAGAAGAGCAACUCUUUAGGUAGAAUGCUGAAACUAGUGGAUAAAGAUGGCUCGCCGAAAAAAAUGUUCCAUCCUCGAGCUGGCUCUCUGAGCCGCAUAUUGCGUCGCAAUCCUAAUAACGAGGACAGCGAUGACAAAAAGCAGAUAGAAGAAAACGCACCGGGCAUUUUUUCAAGGAUGCUGAAUCAGUUGAGAGGAAAGUAGAAAAAGCUGGAAAAAAUCGUAAAUCACGCCUACUUACGUGGUAUUUAUGUAGAUUUUCGAUGUUCAGGACGGCCACAAAGUGGAAAUGCCACGCUGGAGCCAAACUUAAAGACACGCGAAAAAAUAAGCUCGUUACCUCCAAAAGUGCCGUUAAAUUCAAGAACGGUUAAUUUAUCUUCGUCGACGUCCACUUCGUUGCCACAGACGCGAAUCACCGAAUCGCCGCAAAAAUUGUCCAGUUUCGAAUAUUCGAUUUAAGUCGCCGCCGUUCGAAGUAUCGAUACGCGAUAAAAAAACGACAAUACAACGGCACGCGAAACGAAACGAUCAAGUAUGGUGCAUUUAGAAAAAGGAAGAAAAAAAGACGAAUACGUUUACCUGUAUAAUCGUAACACAGAAUCGACGAGUAAAAAUUAUCGUCUCGUUCGGUGUUCGAGCUACAGCGUUAUUGAAAAUCAAUCGACACGUUGCGAAUGCAUUGUAUAUCGUGGAAAUCGUUUCAACGCGCGUAAACGUCGCUGUAGAAUAAAGAAAAGAAAAGAAAACGAUAAAACAAAGUUUACUUUACUCGUAUUUCAACGCGUAGCAUUUUUUAGCGUGUCAGUUAGGUAGAAAGAAAGAAAGAAAGUUUAGUUUAUUGGAAGAACCAUAUUUAUUACGUACGCAUAUUUCGUGUUUCGUUUUGUUUCUGCGAGACAACCGGUGUCCCUUCGUACUCCGCACGCUGUACCAUUUUCUAGAUACUGGUAGCGUUACGACAAAAUUAUCACGAGAUUGUUUUACGAAUCCUAAAAGAAAUCGCACGAGUCGAUGAUUCGUAAAAUCGUCCCUAAGGAUCGGCUGUUCUGGCAGCUGGUACAAAAUUCUAUAUUUACAAAAGAAAAAACGUAGACCUACGUAGCUUGCGCGCGCAAAUCUCGCCACUGCUGCUUCAAAAGGAAAACGUUACAGCGGCACGUGCUCGAUGAAAAUCUGCGAAUUUUCAUAUCUAAACAUAUACUUGCGUUCCCACGCGACAAAAGUUUCGUAUUUCGUACGUUGCUUCGACGAAAGCGUUAAAUUUUUAUUUAACCUGCAUUCUUUUCUUAUUUAACCCCUUGCCUUACGAUUUCUUAGUAGCUACUUACGCCAGUGUCACCUAUUCGCUGCUAUAAUAUCGAAACGUUACACAUAUACAGUUAUAAUCCGCGUUUAACCUUCUUUGCGCGUAAAAUCAAAAACUUGAUCUUCGAUUUAAUCGAUUUCUCAUGGAAAUUCGACAACUGGCAUUUAACGAGCACUGUAAUUUGGUUCGGAUCGUUCUGAGUAAAGGAGACACAAUGUGUCAAUGAUAACGACAACGAUGUAAUAAUGUACAGUUUUAUCGAAAAUAAAUACGUUUAUCGUUAAUUAUCAAUCAAUGAAUAACUCGUGGAAAUAAUUAGUUAAUGCGGCGGUAAUUAGUAAGUAGCGUGGAUCGAGCGUGACUUAAAACGCGAUAAGGCAAAGAGUUUAAUAGAUUUACGUUAUAAUAUGUAUAAAAAUACAUAUUACGACAAAAUAGGAUCAGCAUAUUACCAAAGUAUACGUUUUUAACCAAUAUCUCUGUACAAAUAUUCGUGUAGAAGCAAAUAUUUCUGUACAAAAGCGAAUCGUUCGUUUCAACGAUUUAACGACGAAUGAUCCAUUCAAGAAUAAAAUAUAAUUUACUUUCAUGCGGCUGCGUUACAGAAACGAUAAAUUUGAAAGAAAGACAACGUUAUUACCAUCAUAGCCGAUAUUCGAGCAUCGUGUGAAUCCUUUAAUUCGUUUACAAUAUCGAUUCGUUAUUAAUAAUAAUUCAGUUGGAACCAUAAGGGAUCUGUUUCUAGCUCGCCUUUUAUAAUCUUCGUUCGAAAAGAUCGGUUUGUCCGAGAAAUUUUACCGAUUCUUUCGCAAUUUCGUCUUGAAUGGUAACAUAAUUUCAAUAGACUAGCUAUACAUCGUCUAACGCCUUCAACUUAAUCGCGGUCACCGUUAUUUAAGCAUGUUUCAUGGUAUUUAACGGAUUUGUGAUUUGUGCGCACUGUUUAAAAAAUAUAAACGUACAUAUAUAUAUAUAUAUAAUAUAUCUUUCCAUCCUUAAUUAUCAUACUAUGUACAGCAGUGAUAAUGCGCGUUAUCCUAUCAUAUUUAUUAUACAACCGCGUCGUUCUCUUACACCGUACACUUGGAUAUUUAUCGAUCGACUAAAAAGUAAUUGGCACGAAUCGACGAUCGAUCGAACAUUAUUUAUAAUUAAUCAUCCGUGUAAACCAAAACAUCUUUCCAACUCACGUCCAUAGAUACUUGCAUACUCGGCCGACAGUUACGAUUUAUCACAGAAUAACACAUUCAUUGUAUUAAUGACAACGCAAUUUUCACACCAGAUAUCCCUGUGCUCGAUCUUCUUAACGAUUGGCUGGCGUCCCUUGACCAAUUGUGCACGAACGACGAACGUAUUAAUAUAUCGAGAAAAAUGUUUUCUUCCGACGGAGAUUGGAAACAUUGGAAUCGAGCACCGUAAAAACGAAGAUAAUUUCAAUACGAUUGAUGGCCGGUACCGCUCUCCGUUUCUUACCUGUCGUGAUAUGUCUUGGAAAUAUCGCUACGAGAUGCUUCGAAAAACUUACAUCUCGUAGCGUCGAUCCUCUGAUUAGUCUCGGUAUAUAGAGAAAUAUUUGACAGGUCUGUGAAUUUUUUUCCAAUGAAAUUCUUAUUUAUUUUCGUCGAAUCGUUCGAUAAAUUUCGUCCUUUUACAAGUAAAUCUGUUUAAGUGAAAAUAUCAAUUACGAUAAGUGAAAAUUAAGUUGCAUAUUUUCACGUAGAAUUCGCGCAAGCGCGGUAUUCACAUUUUGAUAUUUUUCAAACGGUAAAACAGCGAUAAGAGAACAUCUCAAAUACGAUGCUUGUCCAGUUGAACAGACAAAAUUUAUCCAACGAUUUUUCCUUAUUUCUCUCGUACAAAAAUAAUACGAUAUAACGCAAUAUAAUAACGAAGCGUUAAACGCUUUAGUACAAAGUGAUCGAGAGCUUACCACAUAUACAUAGAUCGUUCUUAUAUUACAUCGCGACGGUGGUAUCUACACACUUGCACGGACAAUGACCGAAUUUUUCAAUUGCUCGUGCAUUACGUUGCAAAUAUACUGACAACCUGAACGGAUGAAACCGAUUCACGACUUUUCCGAAGCUGAUCCAAUGAAAGCGAUACACCGACAUUUAGCUUGAAAUUGUUUACAGUAACGAAGCGUGUGAUCUUUUCCACAAGCGAUACGACAUCUCCUUUGAAUCGGAGUGCAAAUAUAUAUGUACAUACAUACAUACAUACAUACAUACAUACAUAGAGCCAAUAUAAUCUUUAAUAAAAGAUUGCGUAUAAUAAUUACUGUACAAGUUAAUCAAAUUUAUUUUUCAAAUAAUCGCCUAAUUAAUUUUUAGCACACGUAAUGGAAAAUUUUACGCGAAUAUGUGCAAAGAUUACGAUCUGCUUUCCUUCGUUAUCAGGUUAAAUGCGACCUAACUGAAGUCGUAUCAACGAUAUAGGAUUCGACAACGACGAAGAUUUGUAAAUUUAUCCCAACGUAAAAGCAGUAAAAUAUUAUUAGCAAAAUUGAUCUAUUCGCAAUUCGUUACGUUAUACUUUUAAUUUCGUAAUAUACGUCACGUAUUUUUUACUUAGUUUAAUACAUAGAAAUAAUUAUUACGUUACAGGUUCUCCGAUAUCCUAAGAAGAAACAAAAUAAUAUCCUUUGCUUCGAUUUUUAUCUUACCAUAUUUACACGAAGACUGCUCUGUACAUCGAUAAUGUUAUCACAUUAAAAUUUUAUUGAAAUGUGAAAAUUAUGAUGUUCCCAUAAGAAACAAGCCUAGAGAGAGAGAGAGAGAGAGAGAGAGAGAGAAACAGACAGAGAGCGAAAUUUAACGACAGCAUACUUAUACAAAUGGAAAAGGUUCGUUUAAACAUUGAUCGAUAAAUUUUACCGAAAAUUAUCUACGAUCGUGGUAAAUCGAUGACAUUACGAGCAUCUGUUAAAAGUAACCACGUACUUUUUCAACGAGGAAACCAAUCGAAACGCGUUAUAAACCUGCAUCUUACGAUCAACAAAAUUGCGUUAGUUUCUAGAUUUAAGAAAGUAAAAGACAUAUAAAUCGUAGAAUUAUUUCCUAUUCCCGUGAUCGUAUUAAAUAAGAUCCGUUGAUCAAAACGUUGAAACUGAAAAACCGAUCUAAUACCGAUACUCGACGAUUAUUCACCUACGCGAGAAACAUCGAUGAUACGGUUGAUAAUAUAUGCGCGCAAAUGUACAGCACAGUGUUAUACAUAUACGAUACGUAUAGCAAAGAAGUAAGUUCGAUGAGUUGGAAACUGCAGUUGUCCGAUCGAUCUCUUCUUUAUCGAUCUGUUAGCCUAUGCGUGUGAAUCUGUUUUUUCGUUUGCUAAAUAUAAGCGAGUAUAAUUAUAUUCACGACAUCUUAGGAUAUUCGAAGCGAUGAAACGUUUGUUACAAAGGAGACGAGCUCGGAAUAAGAUUCGACUAUAUAUGUACAAGUUAGUCUUAUCACUUUGUAAUACUCUAACGCAUUUGGCAAUCAAUUGGCAAUUUUCUUAAUUAACGGUCAACCGACAUCGUUGUAUAGUACACGACUUACAAUUCAGUAAUUUUUCAUUGCAGUUACAAAUUUGGUAAAAAGAGAAAUGAAAUUUUACGCUAUUACAUUUUUAUUCUACGUGACGUAAAUUGGAAAAUCGUAGAAAACGAAUCUAUAAUCUGUAACACUUGAAUCGUUAAAUUUGCCAAUACUUGCUAAUAAAGCGGAUCGGAUGGUAAUCGUUAACUCGUUGUUGUUUAGAACGGUUUAUCGAUAUUAUCAGUCGAUAAGUUAUCGUGCAAGCUGAAUUAAAUUAUACGACUUUAACGUACUUCUCUACAAUUUGUAUUUGUAUUCCGUUUACGCGAUAAAGAAUCUCGAUAGUAUUUAAGCUACAGGCAUUUAGGCGAAAUUUAAAGAUAGAAAAAUGCGUGCACGCGAAAGAUGUGAAACAUCGAGGGCACACCAACCGAUCGAUAAAAGAACGUCGACUCGAUCGGACAUUUUUCUCUCUACAAUACAAGUACGAUCGCGUGUUUUACGAAUCGUUCUACAUACGUGCUUAAGCGAUAUAAAAAUGUUUCUCCAAAAAUACAUAUGGGCAGUGAAUUUCAAUCCCUUUGUCGGUUCUUUUCUUUCUCCGUUACGGGGAAACCAUCACGGGGAAACCAUUACGGGCAAGUCAUUACGGGCAAGUCAUUACGGGUAAAUCAUUACGGGCAAAUCAUUACGGGCAAAUCAUUACGGGCAAAUCAUUACGGGCAAAUAAUUACGGGGAAAGCAGGUAAUCGACUUGCCUGUUGCUCUUAAACAUCUAAAAAUUUAUCGAUCACGCCUACUUUUGCCUGGCCUGUAAAUAGAAAAUUAAGUACACGACUUUGUAGCAUCGAGCAAAUCCCACUCUAAGUACUCUAUCUUUAAACGCGUCGUCGUUCAACGUUUGCUACUUACUCGAUCGUUACUGGUAACUAAGGAUUUUCUAUCGCUAAUAUCGAAAAGUAUUAUAAGAAUCAUUAAAAAAGCAUACGAAAUACGUGUAUAUGAAUCGACGUGUAACGAAAGAUAUACGUAUAUGUAUAAAGAAACAGGAUAAAUAGGUUAGUCUUUGAUCAGACGAAUGAUCGUAUAAAACUAAUAAUACUUGGCGAUCCUUUUACAAAUAAGUAAGUAAAUGUACUUGUUACUACGACUAAUGCGUACUCAUUUUCAUUCAGUUCGAUGGUAAGUGAAAUUAACAACGAGUCAUAGAUUUCACUCUUUUCCUCGGACAUUUGGCUGUUGAUAUUCUCUAAAUCGUAGCCCUAUUAAUCGUCUAAAUUGUAUAAAGUUUUGUUCUUGAAACUCUCGCAUGGAAGAGAUUUGUUCACAGUUCGAUGGUCGUUUGGUUUACCUUCUUUUCCUUCUUCUUUUCUUUCAACAAAUUAGUCUCACAUUAAUAAUAAACGGCACGAGACGUUGACGACGAUGUCAAAGAACGAACGAUCUACGCUAUAAUUAACUUCUGAACGAUAUCGCGAUCGUCGUUUCGAAUCGACUGUUAAUAAGUAAAUAUGUAUAUUAUACGGAUCGUCGAAUGAUUCUUGUGAAAAGCGAUAUGAUUUCUACGAAGAUGCGAGUUUCUUGUUCCCACUGGCGUGUCUUUUUCCUAUCAUGGAAAAAAAAGGAAAUCGUUCUUCUCUCUCACGUUUCUGACCUUCCCUUUUUUUUCAUUCUAGGUAAUGUUUUACAUUUAAUUUGCGUCUCUACUACGGCCCUUGGACGGAUAGUUGCCACUCGCGAUUUGAAUCGGCAAUUGUUGUUCGCAGAGCCAAUUCUCGUCGGGUUCCCAACAAGUCGUAUUUAAAUUUACAACGUAAUUUUAGAAUUUUAGUGUUAGAGAAACAAGCGAAGGAUUUGAUAAUAGAUGCCAUGUAUUUAUCAUAAUUUCACGGAUCGUCUUAAAACGCGUGUAGAUAAAUAAUAGUAAAAGUUUAUUGAUCAACGGAGAAUAAUUUAUAUAAGUGGAAACAGACGAAAACGAAAAAAAACAAAAACAAAAUAAGAGAAUAUUUAAAUGUCAAAUAAACGUUCGUUUGAAAAUAAGAUUGAAAAUUCGUAAAAAUAUUUUGGAAAAAUUGAUUUCUCGAUUAGAUCUUACGACUCGUAAAUGAUCUACGUAUCUAAUGGAUCUACGUAUUUCUAUAAAAGCGAUAAUUACAUAGAGAAAGAUGCGUCUACUAAUUUAUUUAGUAAUUACACGCGGAAUAAAAGAAAAAUAAAAUAUAAUAAUAAGCGGAACGAAAAGAACGUAGGAUCAGAAUCAGGGUUUUCCAGCAUUUGUCAUUUUUUGUACGAAAGUGGAUUUGUUGCAAACCGAACGUCUCGAUCGAAACGGUGGCAAC